ACUGGUUCUUAUCACUUCAGUUUUCGUUUUGUUUUUGUUUGUUGCAAAAAUUGAUUAAAUUUGUAGAUUUUAUGUUUAUUGCGCACUCACCAAAGUAGAUAAAAUGCCGCCCACGGAGACACUGCGUCCGGGGGAACGCGCGGGAGCCGGAGGAUCGGGAGCAGGGGGACCUGAACAAACGAUGCUGAUCAGGCAAAGCAACAAAUACUAUGAGCAUCGCGAUUCCCAGGCCACGGCCAUGUCGGUGGACUAUUCUGGGCAGUGGGUGCUCCUCGCGGGACGCGGUCACCUGGCCUUGCAGCGCUUGGGACAGGACGACGGUUCCCUGCGCCGCCACGAAAGGCAGUCCAAGUACGAGGUCUCCGUUGCGGAGUUUGCCAUAUGUCCGAGUCGCAAAGAGUACUGCGCCAUAGCGACCAGCCAGUACAUAGACAUCGUGCGCUGGGGCACUGCAGAGCCCCACUACGAGAUGUCCUUGCGGGGGCACACUCGCACAGUAACCGACAUCGACUGGCACGGCAAGGACCCCAACCUGCUGGUCAGCUGCUCGAUAGACACCUUUUCCCACAUCUGGGACUUGAGGGAACCCAGGAAGCCGGCAUUGUCCUUGAAUGCCGUCUGCAUGUCUGGUGCCACCCAGGUGGGCUUCAACCGCGUUUCUGGAAACCUUUUGGCCGCUGCCCAUGAUGGAGAUCUACGCAUCUGGGACAUCCGCAAGGGUAGCUGCCCCACACACUACAUCACAGCCCAUUUAAAUAGAGUGCACGGCAUCAACUGGAGCCACAAAAGAGAGACCUGCUUGGCCACCGCCAGCCAGGAUGGGACGGUCAAGUACUUCGAUGUGUGCAAUCCUCGCAGGGCCGAGAAGAUCAUCACCACCAUGUCGCCCGUGUGGCGGGCGAGAUACACGCCCAUUGGCAAUGGCCUUGUGAGCAUUGUUGUUCCCCACUUGGGUCGCGGUGAGAAUAGCUUGCUACUCUGGAGCAAUAGUAAGCAAACGGAUCCUAUUUGCUCCUUUGUGGGUCACACCGAUGUCAUUCUUGACUUCGCCUGGCGUCCGAAUCACGAGAGUUCCUCGGAAAUAGAAUUGGUUACCUGGUCCAGGGAUCGCACCCUGAGAGUAUGGAAGAUCGACGAUAAUAUGCUAAAGCUUUGCGAGCCAUCUGUGGAGGAAGAAGAAUCUCGCUUCGAGGCCGACCUCAGUGAGCUGAGGGUGCCUACUCCUCCAGAGUUCCUGCACCCACGUUCCAUUUUGGUUGCCGCCUCGUUGCCCAUAUCUACGGGGGACGGAGCAUGCAACACGCUGCCCAUGGCCCGCUCUCCCAGCUUUGGAGGCGGUUACUAUCGCAGGGAAGAGCCGCACAUAGCCAGAUCUCUGACAGAUCAGCCCACGUGCUCACUUCACCACGAGUUCUCGCUACUCAACACGAACAUGCCACACGUUGAGGUGGACACCCUGGAUGCCAUUAAGCGGUACGCCUGCUUCAAGAUUUGCGCCGGGGGACAUACGGUAAUCUUGCAGGUGACCUUCGCCACUUCGUAUCCUAGUCCCAGUGCUCCGCCGGAUUUCCAAUUCUGCCAAGGCACCACUCUUUCCAGCGAGGUGAGUGGCGUUCUGCUCAAGGUGCUGCGCUGCAAUGCAUUGCAACGGGUCAAAAAAUCUCGCACCUGCCUGGAACAAUGUCUACGAGCGCUGGUGGCUGCCAUGAAGAAAAAGGUGGCAGCUGUUGGUGGAGCCGAUCGUAGCCAGUUGCUCCUGCAAUCCCCUCGUUUGGAGGGAGCUCUGUCCAGCACCCUGCACGAUGCCUGCAUUCCUUUUCCACGGACAUCGGGGGUGCACUUCAAUGCCAUUGGUAUGCUGACCACGUUCGCCCAGCCGGUGAACAACAAGAGGCUAACCCUGCGGCAACACACAGCCCUGACUCCGAGGACUUUCUCAUCGAUUAAUGGUAGUGGAUUGUUGGGAAAUGUAAUGGCAACCGCCCAGCGGGAUGCCAUCUUUUAUCUCCAGGAGAGAAUGAUUUCGGGGAAGCCAGGAAAGCAGCGAGCCAUCCGGCAGAUGAAUGGAAGUCCCGUUGUCCACGUAUACGACACAAGUAGCCUGCUCCACAUAAGUCGAAGCAUGGCCCGCGAGUUUUCUCUGGAUAAACUUAGCAUAGCCGAAACGUGCCGUAGAAAUGGUGAGCUCUGCCGCAAGCAUGGCCGCUUGGACCUGGUCCCGGUGUGGCUAUUGGCGGAAUUGAUAGCCACUCCACAAGUCCCUAAUGAAUCGCUCAAUGAGCUGCUGUUCUACAAGGAUCCCUUUAAGAAAUCAUUGCUAGAAUCACUGAUUAUGCAUUAUGCCAGCUCUGGCGACAUACAGACUGCUGUCCUGCUGGCUUGUUUGUUCGACAAGUGUCCUACGGGAGGAGCUGCUAUUAUGGAGAUGGCCGUUCGACUUCCGCCUCAGCUCAACUCGCAAAUUUCGCCCUAUCACACAGUGCUCCCGCUCGACGUGAAGUCUUCUUCAUCAUCCAACACUUGGCAACAACUGAAGCAACUCCGCAGCAAUUCUUGGUCCGACUCUUUGGAUAUGGAAGUGAAGCAAGUGCAGUCUGAUGCAUAUGCUUGCUCCUUGAUUAGACGCGCCAAGGUGCCACUGUUUGAUCAAUUCAAGCGUGUCUAUGCCGAAAUUCUCUUCGGUUGGCAGUUGCUCUCGAAGCGGGCCCUGAUCCUCAAGCACACUCAGAACACGCCUCCUCCUCUCCAGGGUGUCGAGUUCGUUACCGAGUGUGGAACGUGCGCCAAGCCCAAGCGCACGCCUAAGUGCGAGCCCUGCAAACGACCCGUACUCUUCUGUGUACUCUGCCGUUUGCCAGUAAAGGGAGCAGCCAACGCGUGCCUGGCCUGUGGCCACGGCGGCCACAUGGAUCACAUGAUGCACUGGUUUGAGAAACACAAGGUGUGUGCUACCUGUGGCUGCAAGUGCUUGGAGCGCACGGCGGAUCUGUUAGCCCUACUCAGCUGAGCAGGAUCUCACGUUAAGUGCUUUUCAAUCAUCUCUAAACUAGCUAUUUUACUUUAAUACUUGCGGAUAUCAAAAUAGAUAGGCGUUUUUUAGUCAAUAAGCAAACGAUUUUUGUACGAUUUACAUACCAUUCAUAAAUAUAUGACCAUUUACUAGCUAAGAUAAAAGUAAGAGCUAUAUGUGGCGUGGGCAUUAGACAAACACUAUUUAUCAAUUUUUUCAUACAUACAUUUAUUCUUUUUUAUUAUAAAUUUUUCGUUUUCUUUUUAAUUUCUUAGCUUAAUAUCUACGAUUUACUUGUAGUUUUUGCAGUUGCAAUCAUUAUUAUGUGUUUGUGUUGUACGUCAUAAUCAAAAGUUUUAUUUGUUUUGGAAAUCAUUUUUAAGUA